AUGGAUAAGAAGGGAGUGAUGUCUUUAGCGAUCAUCGCUUUCUUGGUGUUGGGGCAGUCCAACAGUACUAGAGCUAUUGAGAAUCCACUGUGUUAUGCCCAAUGCCUCACUUGUCUCUACGGUGGCCCAUUGGCGACCGUUAUAUGCAGCGGUUUUUGCGCCGCAAACUGCAUGUCGGCAAGUCCUUCAUUACGCAGUGUCCCAAAAGACAAUCACUACUUCUGCAAGCUUGGUUGUGCUUCUUCCUUGUGUGCCAGUUUCAUCACUAGAGAAAACCCAGAGAUUGCGAAAGUGGGUGGCUGUGCCGAGUCUUGCUCAGAGAAAUGCACCAUGAUGAAUACCUUACCACCUAAUUAG